AUUGACCCGUGGGGCCGCGUCACAGUGAGAGAGCUAAAGUCGACAGACGCGUCGGCGAGCGAGGCGCUAGAGGAGCGAAAGCAGAUCGGCAUGGAACACGUGAGCGGGGUGCCAGCCUUGGAUGCCAGCCUUCCCUUUGCGUCACUGCCAUGUUCCUUUUGGAUCUUCAGGUAUUUUUGGACAGCCAUGCUGUCUAUAAAAUGCUCCUGCACACUCCCCGCUUGUUGGCACGCCUCGCAUCCGUCCUCACCGUCACAACAUGCGCUCCCUUUCCCGCAUCGCCGCGUCCUUUUCCUUGCUCGGGCUAAUCUUCGUCCCCGCCGCCUUGGCCCGUCCAGCGGAAUCUGUCCAGGCGAGGGCAACCUUCACCCCGUCUUUCCCUUACGGUUCACAGAAGGUCCGCGGUGUCAACCUUGGCGGAUGGCUCGUGUUGGAGCCAUGGAUAACGCCCAGUCUCUUCGACGGGACGAACGACAACCGCAUCGUGGACGAGUGGACGUUCGGUCAGUACCAGAGCUAUCCGACCGCUCUGUCCAAAUUGCAGAACCACUGGAAUACGUGGAUCACGGAGCAAGACUUCGCCGAUAUUGCCGCCGCCGGAUUAAAUCACGUGCGACUGCCCAUUGGAUACUGGGCCUGGGACGUUGGGUCUGGAGAGCCUUUCAUUCAAGGGCAGCUUCCCUAUCUCCGCAAAGCCGUAGGGUGGGCGGCGAAUCACGGGCUCAAACUCAUCAUUGACUUGCACGGCGCGCCUGGCAGCCAGAAUGGGUUUGACAACUCUGGACAACGGAAAUCAUUCCCCGGGUGGCAUUCCAAUCAGAACAAUAUCGACAGAACAAACAACAUUAUCAAGCAGAUCGCUGCCGAGUUCGCUGGCCAAUCUGGGACUGUCCCAAUCAUAGCUCCAUUGAACGAGCCCGCUGGCUUUGAUGGUCAAGAUGUUUUGAAUGCUGUUCGUCAGUACUGGCUCGACUCUUACGGGAACAUCAGGUAUCCUUAUGGUACAAGCCAACAGAGUAACACUGUCGAACUUAUCCACGACGCCUUCCAACCCCUCAGUUACUGGAAUGGUUGGGAACGUCCUCCCAACUUUCAAGGGGUCGCAAUGGAUACACACAUCUAUCAGAUGUUUUCUGAUGAUGAAGUAUCAUGGACCAACCAGCAGCACAUUCAGUCGGCGUGCGGUAAUUCUGGCGAACUCACGUCGUUCGGCGCCAACCUCUGGACGAUCGUCGGAGAGUGGACACCCGCCAUGACCGACUGUGCUCGGUACCUCAACGGUCGUGGCGUUGGCUCGCGCUAUGACGGCUCUUACUCUGGCUCGCCCGGCGUAGGCAGUUGCAGCGGCAAGACCGGCUCUGCCUCUUCGUUCAGCUCCGCCUACAAGACCUUCCUCCGUCAAAGCUGGGAAGCACAGGUAAUCACUUUCGAGAAAGCCAGUGGCUGGAUCCAAUGGACGUGGAAGGCCGAAAGCGCGGACGACUGGUCGUACCAAGCUGGUUUGAGGAACGGAUGGAUACCCCAAGAUCCAACAGACCUGCAAUACCCAAAUAUCUGUGGUUGAAUACUAGACAGACGAUCUUUGCGACAGUCUACUUUUAAUACACACCCUCAAGGCCUCAAGCUGAAGCGCUCACAAUCGUGAUACCCGUGUACUCAUUUGUAGUCCUUAUUUUUCAUAACUCACGCUAGCUAUAUCACCCUCCUUUCGAAUUGUUGAGAUGCGACGUCUUGUUUAUUCGCUAGUGUUGAUCAUAAUAAUUGACCAGGUUGAUGACUCGCUGGCAUGCCCUUCC